ACUGCUUUUUGACAUAUAGCCACAUCGGCUGUGUUAUUUCUAUGACACGUAGUAAAAUCAGUGUUUUUCAAAUUGAUAUCAAAUAAAAUAACUUAAAUCAACUUCUGAGAAAGUUAAACCGAAAUUACAAUGACUGCGGUAGAGCAGCCUUGCUACACGUUAAUAAACGUGCCCACGGACACGGAGCCAUACAAUGAAAUGCAAUUAAAGCAAGAUUUAGAGAAAGGCGAUAUUAAACAGAAGAUCGAGGCGUUGAAGAAAACAAUCAACAUGAUCUUAGCCGGCGAAAGACUACCAGGGGUUUUAAUGACGAUAAUUCGUUUUGUUUUACCAUUACAAGAUCACACAAUAAAGAAAUUAUUACUUAUUUUUUGGGAGAUAGUCCCCAAAACGACAGCAGAUGGGAAAUUAUUACAAGAAAUGAUUUUAGUUUGCGACGCGUACCGUAAAGAUUUGCAACACCCAAACGAAUUUUUACGCGGCUCCACUUUAAGAUUUUUAUGUAAAUUAAAAGAACCCGAAUUGUUAGAACCUUUAAUGCCCGCAAUUAGGGCUUGUUUAGAGCAUAGACAUUCUUACGUGAGGCGAAACGCGGUUUUAGCCAUUUUCACAAUUUACCGCAACUUUGAAUUCUUAAUUCCCGACGCUCCCGAAUUAAUCGCCAAUUUUUUAGACGGCGAGCAAGAUAUGUCGUGUAAAAGAAACGCGUUUUUAAUGUUGUUGCACGCGGACCAAGAACGCGCUUUGUCUUAUUUAGCUUCUUGUUUAGACCAGGUUACAUCAUUCGGCGAUAUUUUACAAUUAGUUAUUGUUGAGUUGAUUUACAAAGUUUGUCAUGCUAAUCCGUCUGAGAGGUCGCGAUUUAUUCGUUGUAUUUAUAACCUGUUGAAUUCGAGUAGCCCCGCGGUUCGGUAUGAAGCUGCUGGGACUUUGGUUACUUUAUCGAAUGCCCCAACGGCGAUUCGAGCGGCGGCUAGUUGUUAUAUUGAGUUGAUUGUUAAAGAGAGUGAUAAUAACGUGAAAUUGAUCGUUUUGGAUCGGUUGAUUGCUUUGAAAGAGCACCCGGUGCAUGAGAAAGUCUUGCAAGAAUUGGUUAUGGAUAUUUUGCGCGUUUUAAGCAGCCCCGAUUUGGAGGUUAGGAAAAAAACGCUCGCUUUGGCGCUCGAUUUGGUUUCUUCGCGGAAUAUUGAGGAGAUGGUUUUGGUUUUAAAGAAGGAGGUGGCAAAAACUCACGAUGUUGAGCACGAGGAUACCGGAAAAUAUCGGCAAUUACUCGUUAAAACACUACAUUCUUGCAGCAUUAAAUUUCCGGAUGUUGCAAGUUCCGUAAUUCCGGUUUUAAUGGAGUUUUUAUCCGAUACAAACGAAUUAGCCGCAACUGACGUUUUGUUAUUUGUGCGAGAAGCCGUUCAAAAAUUUGAUCACCUCCAACCGCUAAUUAUUGAGAAAUUAUUGGAGACAUUCCCUGAUAUAAAAUCGGUUAAGGUGCAUAGGGCCGCGCUUUGGAUUUUGGGGGAGUACGCGGUGAACGUUUCGGAUAUUGAGGCAGUCCUAAAACAGAUUAAUCAAACCUUAGGGGAAGGGGUUUUACUCGAAAUCGAACAAAAAUUAUUAGCGGGAGAAAACACCGACGAAAAUCCCGUUCAAAACACCCCUCAAACAACCACUUUAGUUACAUCCGACGGAACUUACGCAACCCAAUCAGUCUUUAACACCACCCCCAACCAAAAAAAAGAAAAACGCCCCCCUUUAAGGCAAUACAUGAUGGACGGCGAAUUUUUCAUCGGCGCCUCUUUAGGUACAACACUAACAAAGCUCGCGCUUCGAUACGGCGAAAAAGUCACCAAAUCAAAACGGAAUUUAUUCGACGCAGAAGUAAUGUUAAUCAUCUCAAGCAUCGUUCAUUUAGGAAAAUCGGGCUUACCCACCAAAUCGAUCACCAACGACGACGCAGAUCACCUUUUAUUUUGUAUUAAAGUCCUCUCCGAACGCACCCCGAUGAUUAUCGAGAUAUUUAACGUAAAUUGUAGGCGAGCAUUAAACGAUAUGUUAGUCGCGAACGAACUCGAAGAAGCCAACAUACAAAAAAUGAAAGAAAAACCGAGUUGCAAAAUCCAAGCGGACGAUCCAAUCAUGUUUAUGCAACUCCAAGCCGAUAAAUCCGGCGAAAUGGGGGAGAACGUAUUUGAAACCGCUUUAUCUCAAGCUGUAAUUGGGGGCCGAACCGGAAGUGGUGAAACGACCCAAAUUAAUAAGCUAAAUAACGUCACUCAAUUAACCGGGUUUUCUGAUCCGGUUUACGCCGAAGCUUACGUCAACGUUAACCAAUACGACAUCGUUUUAGACGUACUAAUAGUAAAUCAAACGAGCGACACCUUACAAAAUUGUACGUUAGAAAUCGCAACUUUAGGUGAUUUAAAAUUAGUUGAAAAACCACAACCCGUGGUGUUAGCACCGAACGAUUUUUGCAACAUCAAAGCGAACAUAAAAGUUGCAUCAACAGAAAACGGAAUUAUUUUUGGGAAUAUUGUUUAUGAUGUUACCGGGGCGGCUUCAGAUCGAAACGUGGUUGUUUUGAACGAUAUUCACGUCGAUAUUAUGGAUUAUAUCGUACCGGCGAGUUGUAACGAUAUCGAGUUUAGAAGGAUGUGGGCCGAAUUUGAAUGGGAGAAUAAAGUUACCGUUAACACGACUUUAACGGAACUUGCGGAUUAUCUUAAACACCUUUUGAAGUGGACGAAUAUGAAAUGUUUGACGCCGGAAAAGGCGUUAUCUGGGGAAUGCGGUUUUAUGGCUGCCAACAUGUAUGCUAAAUCGAUUUUUGGGGAGGAUGCUUUGGCGAAUUUGUGUAUUGAGAAAAGUUUUAAUAAGCCUGAAGCACCCGUUACUGGACAUGUUAGAGUUAGAGCGAAAAGUCAAGGGAUGGCUUUGAGUCUUGGGGAUAAAAUUAAUUCCUCGCAAAAGGGACAAAUUAAAGCUAUUUAAUUAAGAAAAAAUGUAUUAAGGUGUAAUAUGUCUUGUAAGGUUAUUAAAAAUAUCUAUGAGUUUAAUAAAAAAAUAGUUUCUUAAGUUUA